UAUCAUUAUUAUUAUUAUUUAUUAUAAAUUAUUAUUGUUAUUUCAUUUGAGAAUAGUAUAGUGUUGCGGCCAUGGGAAGAGCUCCUUGUUGUGACAAAGCAAAUGUGAAGAGAGGACCAUGGUCUCCUGAUGAGGAUGCAACACUCAAGAACUAUCUUCACACUCAUGGCACUGGAGGAAAUUGGAUUGCAUUGCCAAGAAAAGCUGGUUUAAGGAGGUGUGGGAAGAGUUGCCGUCUAAGGUGGCUGAAUUAUCUAAGGCCAGAUAUAAAACAUGGAGGAUUUACCGAACAAGAGGAUCAAAUCAUUUGCACUCUCUAUACUCAAAUGGGAAGCAGAUGGUCUGCAAUAGCAUCUCAACUUCCUGGCAGAACAGAUAAUGAUGUCAAAAACUAUUGGAACACCAAGCUCAAGAAGAAGCUCAUGGCAGCAAAAGUAAUUUCCCCUAAUAAUAAUAAUAAUAAAACAUUAUUGACUACUCAACAAAACUCAGAUUUUCAAGCUACUAAAAAUUGUUCAUCAUCAUCAUUAGUGCAUCUUCCAAUUUUAAGCAAUGAUAUUACUAAUUUUAGUUCUAACAUAAGUCUUGACCUAAUUCAUCAACAACUCUAUAGUCCACAAUUUAUGAAUUUAGAAAUUGGUGGUGCAAAUUCAAGGAACAACAAGAAUAAUAAUAGUAGUAGUAAUAUUGAAGGUUCAACUUCUUCUUCAUCACUUGCAUUAUUGGACUACAAGGGUGGAUCAUCACUUCUAGAAGAAGAAAAACAACAUGGUGUUGGUGGUGAUAAUGAUGAAUCUAAUAAGGAAUUCUUGAUGGAUUUAGGGUUUGAUGGUGAAUUUUCUCAAAGUAUUAGUAGUUAUUGUUACUCUGAGUGGGUUGAUUUCAACUGUGCUGAAAUUAAGCCACAUUGAGUAAUUAAAUUAAAGAUGAAUGUUGUAUUAUUGGAUA